CACAGCACAAGGAUCUUCUUCACACAAACACACGCACGCACACACAGAGAGAGAGAGAGAGAGGAUGGAGGAGGAGGGAGAGAAGAGGACGGUUUGCGUGACCGGAGCGGGAGGGUACGUAGGAUCAUGGCUGGUGAAGCUCCUCCUCUCCAAGGACUUCAUCGUCCACGGAACUGUUCGAGAUCCAAGCGACGGAAAGAAUGCCCGUUUGCAGAAGUUGGAGAAGGCAUCGGACAACCUGCUACUCUUUAAGGCAGAUAUGCUCAACUAUAAUGAGGUGGCAUCAGCAAUUGCAGGAUGUGAAGGAGUAUUCCAUGUUGCCAGUCCUGUUAUUUCAACCAAAGUGCCUGAUCCAGAGGCACAGAUCAUUGCUCCUGCUGUAACAGGCACUCUGAAUGUGCUCAAGGCAUGCUCUGAGGCAAAUGUUAAAAGAGUGGUUGUGGUGUCAUCAACUGCUGCUGUCAUAAUGAAUCCAAACUGGCCUCAAGAUAAGGUCAAGGAUGAGGAUUGCUGGUCGGACAAAGAGCACUGCAGAAAAAUUGAGAACUGGUACUUCCUUUCCAAGACGCUAGCAGAAAGUGAGGCAUUGGAGUAUGCGGAAAAACAUGGACUCGAUGUUGUAACUGUUUGCCCUUGUAUGAUCAUUGGACCAUCGCUGCAGUCCACGGUGAAUGCUAGCACCCUGUUUGUCAGCAAUCUUUUGAAAGAAGGUCGGGAAUCACUGGAGAAUAAAGCCUGGCACCUUGUAGAUGUUCGAGAUGUCGCUGAUGCACUUCUUCUAGUAUAUGAGAAGCCAGAAUCAACUGGACGCUACAUUUGUGCACCUUAUUGUGUAAAAACUCGUGAUAUGGUGGACCUGCUAAAGAGCAUUUAUCCCAACCACAAUUGCCCUAAGAAUUUUGUUGAGGUAGAAGAUGAUGCUGGAAUGAGUUCAGAGAAGUUGCAGAUGUUGGGAUGGACAUGCAGGACACUCGAAGAGAGCCUUAUGGAUAGUUUUGAAUCCUAUGUAGAUGCUGGUCUUCUAAACAAAGACUAUUAGAUAGUUCUAUUUUAGGAAGUUUUAUUUAUUUUUUGAAUUUUCUCAAGAGCAUGUUUCACGGUACUGCCAUGGAAGCUGUUUUCGAAAUUAUGCCAAUGUUUAUCUGUUAAGGUCCUUCAGAAAGCCAAUUUAAAUGUUAUAAAUAAGCUGCAGACCUGUAAUGCAAAGGAUUAAAACACCUCUAGGAGUACUACCUUUCUUUUCAAUUCUUCUGCUUUCCUCAAAGUCCUCAAGGUUGUGGAUCCAUCAACAAGCUGAGCUGCUGGUAGGUCCAAAAACACACUGAAAAGUUUACACUUCAAUCUGCACAAUUCAAUUGUACUGCAGAUAUUCUUGAAAAAGGUACUGCAUUAGCUGGCCUCCGGGACAUUUGAUGCUUUUUGCUGGUACAGUUCAGAGCCAAACGAUGGACCCACCAACUUCUUUCCUUCUUACUUGUGGCCAUUUGUUUGCUGUUAUGUGGGUGACUCGAGCUUGUCUUCAUGCUAUUCUCUACAUGGAUUUGCUUCUUACCUUUUUUUUUCUUUUUUUUUUGCCUUUUUACCUUUGCUUGUUGAAGAACAAACUCCAUUAAACUUGGACAAGUCACAGAUGAGUUGGUUCCCCUUGUUUGACAGAUUGGUUGAGCCCUCACUCAGCUUAGUGACAUAGGUAACAUAUGUAUUCUUGAGCUCUAGUUCAGUCUCCAAUCAGGUUUUGAGGUUGAUCAUUUUGUAUCUGUUUCACUGUUAUAAGCGAUGUAACAGCUGUGCAGCUUAUCUUUUGAAACGAAAGAUAGGGUGGUGUUCUGUCACAA